AUGUUUCUACGUGGAUUCUUUAACUUAAUGGAGCAUCUUGUUAUCCACUUAGCUCGAGAAGCUAUGGCUUAUGAAAGUGCUAUAGUGGGUAAGUAUGAUGAUGAUACUAGUUGCCACCCCCUCUUGGAUAAUGAAACAUGGUGUGAUGUUUCUAGAGGAGUCAAGAAAGGAAGAAUAUAUGGAUUCGGAUAUGUGUCUGAUCCAGUGAGCUUUUUGAAAAGAACAUCCAGUACAAUAACAUCCAAAGAGGGUGUCUAUGAACGUGUAAGAAACGAGAUGCAUGGAGAAAUGGAUGCAAAAGUUGCAAAAAUGAAAGCUUACCAUCGACAAAUACGUGAGGAAAUGGAUUCCAAAGCUGCAACAAUAGACGCCACACAACAGCAAAUUGAUGCAAAAAUAUGA